UCGCUCUCGCCGCACACGCCCUGCACGCUAUCACCAGCACCAUGACGCACCAAUACCCGGCGCUCACGGCCGAGCAGAAGAAGGAGCUGUCGGACAUCGCACUGCGUAUCGUGGCCCCGGGCAAGGGCAUCUUGGCUGCUGAUGAGUCCGUAGGAAGUAUGGCAAAGCGCCUGAACCAGAUUGGUGUGGAGAACACAGAGGAGAACCGCCGGCUGUACCGCCAGAUCCUCUUCAGCGCCGACAGCCGAGUGAAGAAAUGCAUUGGAGGUGUCAUCUUCUUCCACGAGACCAUGUACCAGAAGGCUGAUGAUGGCACUCCCUUCGUCCAGAUGAUCAAAGACAAGGGCAUUGUCGUGGGCAUCAAGGUGGACAAGGGUGUUGUGCCACUGGCUGGGACAGAUGGCGAAACCACCACACAGGGUCUGGAUGGGCUGUCGGAGCGCUGUGCCCAGUACAAGAAGGAUGGGGCUGACUUUGCCAAGUGGCGUUGUGUGCUGAAAAUCAGUGAAAACACCCCUUCUGCCCUCGCCAUCAUGGAGAAUGCCAACGUCCUGGCCCGCUACGCCAGCAUCUGCCAGCAGAAUGGCAUUGUGCCCAUUGUGGAGCCAGAGAUCCUGCCCGAUGGUGACCAUGACCUCAAGCGGUGCCAGUAUGUGACGGAGAAGGUGCUGGCAGCUGUCUACAAGGCACUGAGUGAUCACCAUGUCUACCUGGAGGGGACCCUGCUGAAGCCCAACAUGGUGACUCCUGGGCAUUCCUGCCCCACCAAGUACAGCCCUGAGGAGAUUGCCAUGGCCACUGUCACCGCCCUGCGCCGCACCGUUCCCCCAGCCGUGCCAGGUGUCACCUUCCUGUCUGGGGGUCAGAGUGAGGAGGAGGCUUCCAUCAACCUCAAUGCUAUCAACACGUGCCCACUAGUGCGGCCUUGGGCCCUCACCUUCUCCUAUGGGCGAGCACUGCAGGCAUCAGCACUCAGCGCCUGGCGUGGGCAGCCAGACAAUGCCAUUGCUGCCACCGAGGAAUUCGUCAAGCGUGCAGAGGUGAAUGGGCUGGCUGCGCUGGGCAAGUACGAGGGCAGUGGGGACGACUCGGGGGCUGCCGGGCAGUCCCUCUACGUGGCCAACCAUGCUUACUGA